AUGAUAAACGAGGACGAACUCGUGGUCUGCCCUCUAUGCAUGGACCUAAUCCCAUCCUCUGACCUCGAAACUCACUACAUGUCUGAAGUCGAAUCAUUCAACUUUAUGGAUACAAAUCCGCAUUCUUCCUUUAAUGGAACAAUAUCGGUGCCUGCAUUCGAGUUGUGUGAUGCUCCUUUGCUCAAGCUGGACGAACCAAUACCCAGUAGCACGUCAAGCAGCACUACUACGAUAUCCUCAACAUCAGAUACACCAGAAACAACCCGCAAAUCACGUCGCGGUGCAGCCGUAACCGCACGCCAAAACAUAAAAGCAGCAGUUAAAGGCAAACGAGCUCCUCCACCCCCAACAGCCGUCCCAGACACCACACGCACACGACGAUCCAAAUCCCCUAAAAAACCAACCACCACCACAACCUCAGCAUCAAAACAGCCAACCCCACCAACAUCCUCUUCUUCCACACCCCGCCGCUCCCCAUCCUCAGACUAUGAGACCUACACAUGGGCAGGCGUAACCCGCGUGCGUGCAACCACCCUCCUCGAAUCCAACAACUAUGCCGCGAACGGAUGGGCCGUAAACAAGAAAACCGAUGUGGAUGUCGACGAUGAUAUCGAUGUGGAUGGGAAUGAGGUCAGUAUGGGGGGUGUGCAGUACACGGAGAAGGAUUUGAAGCGGUUUUAUCUUGCCGAUGAUGAUGUGAAUGGUGGUGGGGGAGAAGGGGGAGAGUAUGAGCAUGCGCCUGCGCCGGUGGUGCCGGUAGAUGAGAAGGUGGUUAGGGAGAUGCGUGUUGAUAUUGAGGGGGAUGAGAUUGAUGAAGCUGAAAUAGAACAUGCAAUCGCAACAGCUCCACCAGACUAUAAGCUCGUGCUGGAAGCACUCAAGACACGUUUACGACAUCUGGAGGACUCCCAAGCAACAAAACAAUCCUCAAAAUGCCUCAUCUGUCUAGACGCAUACACAAACCCAUGUGUGUCGAUCGUGUGUUGGCAUGUGCAUUGUGAAUCAUGCUGGCUGCAAACAAUAGCAGCGAAACGGCUAUGUCCGCAAUGCCAGAAAAUCACCGGACCAGUUGACUUGCGUCGUAUCUACAUGUAG